AUGGAUCUUCAAUAUACUGGUGGUGAUAUACCUUGGUCACUUUCAUAUGGUGAACAUUAUAAUUCAUCAAAUUCACAAGCAACUAGUAAUGAAUUAAAAACUAUUGCUCAUCGAUAUGAUUUUCAAACAUUAUAUGAACAACAGACAACUUCUAAUAAUAAUCCAAAAUGUACAAAUGCAAGUGUAUUUUUUACUAAUAAAACAAUUGAUUCAGAUUCAACUGAAAUUCAUCAAACAGAUGUUCAUGAUGAUCAUAAUCAUACAUUCUGUUAUUUAUGUUCAAUAAAUGAACAUCAACAUGAACGAACUAAACCUCGUAAUGAAUCUAAAAUACGUAAACUUAUUCCAUAUAAAAAUCCAAAAGCUCGUUUAUCAUCAUCAUCAUUAGAUCAAAUAAAACAAAAUUCUUCAUCAUUAUCAGAUUUAAUAUCUUAUCGAUUUAUUGUACGAACUGGUAAACAAAAAAAUAGUGGUACAAAAGCUCAAGUAUUUUUAUAUUUGUAUGGUACUGAAAAGAAUUGGACAUCAAUUCAUUUACAAGGACAUAAUAAUAAAAAUUUAUCAACAUCUACAGAUGGUUUUCCAAGUGGUUCUAUUCGAACAUUUUGUUUUAAAGGUCCAAAUAUUGGUCAAUUACAUCAUUUAAAUGUUAAUCUUGUUGGUUCUCGUUCAGAUAAAGAAUGGUUUUUAAAAGAAAUUGAAAUAACUAAUUUAAAUAAUACAAUAACAUGGUUAUGUGAAUUUAAUUGUUGGUUACCUAAAACUAAUCAACAACAAAUAAAUGAAAUAAAAUCAAAUGUUUAUCAACAAACUAAAUUAUCAUUAUCAAUUUAUAUUUUACAAAUUCGUACAGGUGAAAAAUCUAUUACAGAUACUAAUAUAAAUAUUCAUAUUAAAAUUUAUGGAACAAUAAAUCAAACAUCUCAAUUAAUAUUAACAAAUAAUCGAAUUAGUAAUUUAUUUGAAAAAAAUCAAUUAGAUACAUUUGUAAUUAUUGGUUUUGAUCUUGGAAAUUUAUUAGAAAUUAUUGUUGAAUUAAAUAAAAAUCAAUUAGAAAUCGAUUGGUUUAUCAAAGAUAUAAUAAUAUGGAAAAUACUACCAAAUGAUGAUCAAAAACAAAUUCAUAUUUAUUUUCCAUUUAAUAUUUGUCUUAAUAAAAAAUUAAAUAAAUUUAAAUCAAAUAAAGAAUUAUAUCCAUUAACAGAUCAUCAUAUAAAAGGUCCAAUAUGUUAUCAAGUAAUUAUUAAAACUGGAAAUGUAAUAAAUGUUGGAAUUGAUAUUAAUGUUUGUUUGAUUAUCUAUGGAAAAAGUGGUCGUACAGUUAUUCAUCAACUUAAUAAGAGAUUUAAAAAUGAUUUUGAACAAAAUACAAUAUCAGAAUUUACUAUUAUGGAUAUUGAUAUAGGUAAAAUAGAUCGUAUUAAAAUUUGGUAUGAUAAUUCUAAUUUUAAUUCAGCUUGGUUUCUUGAAUCAAUAAUAAUUUAUAAAAAAUAUUCAACAUGUUAUACAAUAUCUAAUAUAUAUAUUCAACGUCUUAAACAAAUAAGUAAUAUUUUAUAUCAUCAAUUUUAUGAACAUAUGAAUAAAAAUUCAUUUAUACAUAAAACAUUUUUAAAAAAUGAAAAUGAACAUAUUUCAAUUGAUCAACAAAAUUUAAAUCAUAAUAAUAUUAAUGAUCAUUUAGGAAAUAAUCGAAGUAUUUUACGUAGUCCAACAAUAUAUGAUAAAAUUAAUUUACGAAAAAAAGUUACAUGGGAUGAACAAAGUAUUGGUUCAGUUGAUGAUUUAUUUUCAAUUGAUUCACAACAUAUAAAACUAAUACAAACAAUAGAUGAACAAAAAUAUAAUAAAAAUAAUUUAAUUGAUUAUGAAAAAAAUUAUAUUGAUCAUAAAAUUUAUUGGAUAUCAUCACAUAAUUAUAUUGAUAAUAAAUGGAAAAUAAAAUCAAUUGAAGAAAUAAAUUCAUUUGAUUUUGAUUCAUCAAUACGUUCAUUAUUACUUUCAGAUCGUUCAAUAAUCAAUAAUAAUAAUAAUAUUACAUCAUCUACAAAUGAACAUCAUGAUGAAAUUUAUGAAUUUCAAGCUAAUUGUUGGUUAGCAAAAGAUAAACAAAAUGGAAAACUUGAAAUUUAUCUAACACCAAAAUUAAUUGAAAAAUCAUCAUUAUUAUCUAAUGUAAAUAUUGAUUCGAAAAAGAAACAUAUUAUUCAAUCUGAUAUUUCAUUUAAAAAUUAUGAUAAUGAAGAUAAGAAACAAGAAAUAAAAUAUUCAUCUCCCUAUGAUCUCAAAUCAAUUGAAAAAAAAUCUUCAAAAAAUUCAAGUUUACAUAAUCUUCGAUUAUCAUCAAAAAUACAACAAUUUUCUAAUUCACAUUCAUUACAAGAAAAUAUUAAUUUAUCUUCUCAUCCAAAUACAACAUUAAAAACAUCUAAUGAAUCACUAAGAAUUAAAUCAUCAAUUGAUAAAUUUCCUCAAUCAUCAUUAUUAACUCAACAUUUAAAAUCAUCAAGUAAUAUGAAUGAUUUAACAAAUCCAUUAAGUAGUGAACAAGAAUUAUUAGCUAGAAUAACAUCGAAUGAACCAUCACAUCGUCCACGAUCAACAAUUUCAUCUUUAGCAUCACUUAGUCAACGUUCUAAAUCACCUUUCAAUACUAAUGAUCGUACUGCUUCAAUAACUAAUGAACAAUCAUUAUCAAUGAAAAUUUCAAAUCAACUAUCUAAUCAUUCUCGAUCAUCAAAUGAAAAUAUAAAAUCAUCACAUAAUAAACAACAUUUAACUCAACCAUCGUCCAAUGCUCAGAACUCAUUAUCUAGAAUUCCACAUGAACAAUCAAAUUAUUCUCGAUCAACACCUAUUUCACUAUCAUCGUCGAGUCAAAGUAUAAAAUCACUACACGACGGAAAUAAUGAUUUCCUUAGUUCAAUGUCUAAUGAACCUGAAUUAUUAAGACAAAUUACAGAUGAAUUACCAAUUACUUCAUUGUCACCAUUAACUUCACGUAUAAAAUCAACUCGUAACACUACUAAUCCACUAAUCAAUAAACGAGAAACAUUACUCAAUAUUCCAAUUGAACCAUCCGUCAAUCCUCGAUUAACAGUUUCCUCAUUACGGUCAUCUAAUCAUCUUUCGAAAUCAUCUCAAUCAAAUAAUAAAUCUAUUAACUCAUUAACAAAAACAUCUAUUGAAUCAACAUUAGGAUCUAAAUCUGCCAUGCAUUCUAACCCUGACAUUUCUUCAAAAAAAUCUAUACAUAGUAAUAACAUCAUAUUUAUACGUUUAACAAUUGCUUUUAAUCAAUGUGAUUUAUCAAGUGCUAUUAACUUACAAUGGGCAACAUAUAGACAUUCAUUAAUUUUACGUGUUCAACCUAUACGUUUAUCUGAAAAUGUUUAUACAAAAAAUAUGACUAUUAUUAGAAAAGUUCUUGUACGUGAAAUUAUUAAAAUGUCAAAAAUUAAUUAUUAUAAAAAUCAUCAAAUAGUUAAAAUAGAUGAUAUUAUUAUAAUAAAAAUCAAUGAUAAUGAUAAUGAAUAUCUUGAUGAUAUAUGUUGGCAUUUACUUCGUCUAUCAACUAUGGAUAUUAUCCUUUUUCUUAAUGAAACUAAUACUAAUGAAUUUGAUUUAGAUUAUCCACCAAUUGAAUCAACAUUUCGUAUACGACAACAUAUUGAUACAGUUCUCAAUUAUGAGACAUAUCCACCCAAAGUUCUAAUAAAAACUCGUCUAGAUAAAGCAAUUUUAUCAAAAGAUUAUUUUCUUCAAUGCAAUUCACGUGGUAAUCCAUUACCUCGUUUAUUAUGGAGUAAAAAAAAUGAUAAAAACGAUACAUUAGAAUAUUAUCCAUUAUCUAAACAAUGUAAAACAUCAUGUCGAAUUUAUUCUAUACAACAUAAAUAUCAAUCAAUUUUAUAUUUUCGACCAUUAAUACUUGAUGAUAUUGGAAUUUAUAUUUGUCAUGCAGAAAAUCCAAUGAAUCGUACAACAACUAGUGUUUAUUUAAAUAUCGAUGAUGAUCAUCAUUAUCAAUCGAAUAUAAAUUUAACAUGUUCUAGUUUAAAAUAUUGUCAUGAUCGAGGACAAUGUAUUAUUAUUAAUAAUCAAAUAAAAUGUGUUUGUGACAAUCGAUAUUUUGGUGAACAAUGUGAAACAAGUUAUGAUGAUAUUAUAAAAAAACAAGAUUCUGCUAUUCUUUUAUUUCAAUCUCGAUUUUUGGCUGGUUGUAUUCUUUUUUCAAUUGGAUUUGUACUUUUAUUAAUUGCAAUUAUAUCUUGGUUUCUUGCAAGAAAUAAUAGACAACAACAACAAAAAUUGAGAAAAAAAUUAUUAGCAAAAAAAUCAACUGAAAAACCACUUAUUAUACCUCCUAAAGAAACGAAUCCUUCAACGGAAAUUAAUGGUACCAUUCCAUCAUCUACUCCAAUUGAGCAAAUAAAUAAACUUCCUAGUCGUACUCCUCCUCCUCAAGCUAGUACUCACAUUAGCCGUUUACCCAUAUUAGAAAAAAAACCAUUAAUACGUCCUUUUAUUCGACAGCCAAAUAUGCCAACAGCAUUAACAAGAGAAUCAUCGAUUGCAACAGAUGAUGAUGAUGAUGAUGAUGGUGAUGGAAUAAACAGUUUUCUACGUCAUUAUCAAACAUUACCACCUGUACCAACAAAAAUAGAUGAAGAAUAUGAAGAACGUUUUUCUUUAAAAAUGAAUAAAUCUGAAGAACUUGGUCUUGGUUAUUUAACAAAUGGAACAAAUAAUAAUGAACAUAUAUUUUCACAUAGUUAUGUUGAUUAUUAUCAACCAAAUAAUCAAACAGGUUUAAUUAAACCAUUAAAUAUACGAAAAGAUCAACCACAACGUUAUACAAAAUAUGUUUCAUCAUAUAGUAAAUUUGUUUUACCUCGACCAGUCAAAUUAUCAUCAAUAGAAUAUUAA